AUGUCGUUAUUUCCUGCCUACAACACUGUCCCACAGGAUACGAAAAGCGUGUCUACUACCAGCACAUCAUCCGAACUUGCCUGGCUAACGAAUCAAAGCUUCAUUCCUUUUGGAGAAUCAAUUGAAAUUGAUGAAACGGAAUCUGAACAAUCCACACCAGAGGCAGAACCGCAUAAAGACACGGACACUGCCGAUCGAACCGAACCACAACCAUCGAAGCGCCAGAAAACCAAACACAAAAAGAAACACAAGAAAAAACAAUCAAAACGAAAGCGCGGUUCUUCCACCUCGUCCGAAGGCACAGUAGAAGACAGUUCAAAUUCAGCUUUACCAUCACUUCCGGCAGCUUCCUCGACCCGUAUUUCCGAAGCAGAAUACUACACGGAUGUGGAUCCGUUAAAGAUUUACCUUACGGUUGAAAAGUUGCACCGUCCCGCCUGUCCACGGUAUCGGUUGGGGACGGUGAAAACACUCGGCAUACGUUGGUACGGUACGGAAAGUGGAAAAGAUCGCACUAAGCGUUACUUUAGAAGCGUAAAAGUUAAAGAGCGCGAUCAAAGCGGUGCAAGCAAAAUGGUGCAGGAAGAAAUAUUUGCUCGCGAAGCGGAAUUGGAACGUUACCUGCGGGUGGAAGAAACGGUGGACAGGUGGAUCGAGCUGGUACGUUUUCGACAGGAUCAUCCGAUCCAUUUCGAUAGCUACCAGAAUCACAAACGGGAGCUAACGCUGAUUGAACGAGCGCGGCGUAAUUUUCCAUUCGAUGAGCGUCUUUUGCGACUGUAUCUGGAAGCGAUUGUACGGGUACAUCCGACCGAUGAGGUGUUGAAUUUGAUACGGCGAGCUAUCGGGAAAGAUGAAACGAACGUAACGCUUUGGAGGGCGCUUAUACGUAACAAGCAGUGUGCGAUGGCGCAGUGCAUUGUGCCGGAUGUGCUGAAACUGUACGAAAGAAGUACACGCUCACUGUUUAUGGCGCGCCGUAGCGACGACACGAUGUUGCAAUUGUUUCGAAAUUGUGCCACUUUUUGUCGACAGGCGGGACUUUGUGAGCUUAUGUUCGGAAUACUGCAGCAUGCGCUGGGAAUGAAUGUUAGCGGACGUUAUGGCGGAACGGAUGGUUUAUUUUCUUCGCCCGAGCAUUUUCAACAGCUAAUAGAGUACGAGGAACUUAUCCUAAAAUCAGGUCUCCCGAUGAAUGAGAUAUGGUUGAGGGUGGAGCUGCUGCGAAGUGCUUUCCAUUAUCUUCCCUUCGAGGGUGGCCGAUUAGCAAGCGAUCCACAGCGAAUGGUGCUGACCGACGACGUUGUAGGAUACGUGUAUCCACUCAUAAACAAAGCGUACGCAUUCGAGCUGAUGCUUGGAGCGUUAAAGUUAAUGAAAUAUCCCUUCCUACGGCAGUACGAUGAGGAGGAAGCAUAUGAGGUGGAUUACUCGGAACAACUGUUGCCACUAUUUUUGCACGUGUUUCGAGAUCGAUCGCUAGAUGGUACGCUGUAUGCGUUCGUUAAGCAGCUCAGUGUAGCUCCUUCGUACAUUCGAGCAAACAUAGCGAAUGAAUCGUACCUCGAAUUGGUACGUAAAUGUUUUGCUGUAGCGAUUGAUCACUUUCAAGGUACACAGAGUGCAAUAUUGCUCACCCUCUACCUACAGCUCGAACGAAUACUGGUCUGUGAAGAAAAAGCAACAUCAUCAUGCUCUGUCGGGAAAAUAAUUCUCGAGGAAGGGAAAUUAAAACCAGUACGUGCGAGGGUGAAAAAUCUCUUAAAACAUACCCACAGCUCAAAUCAAAACAGUCUUCUCGUGUACGCCGAAUAUGGACUGUUGGAGUACGAAAUGACCGGACUUAGUGGAGCGUGUAGAAAAAUAUUCACCACCUCCGUGCAGGUGUACUGUUCCACCGAAGAAUCCGACAUCAGUGACACGACCCAGCCAGAAGCGGAUAACGAUCUAUUUCAUCUCGUGCUGACAGUGGUGGAACUGUUACUCGUUAAUGGACUUAAAGAUGAAGCUGUUCGUGCUUUAACGAAUUUAGCGCUUAAAAAAGAGGACCUUACAUUCGAUAGUAGUGUAACAUCGUCGACAGUUCCGGAUACGAUUAAAUUAUCCGCGCUGCAAAAAUUAAACGAUCGAGUCAAUCGAACAGUACGCUACGAAUCGCAGCUAGAACUGCCCUCACACACAACAUUAACGGAGCUUCAUUUCGGUCAAAAUGCGAUGAUAAACUCAGUCAAAGCGUACGUUACCUAUCUCGCACUAAUACGAUCGAAUCUCUCCGAAGCUACGAAACAGCUGGAAACAUUCCUGUUUCUCUUUAACGAUCCCACCAAUCCAAGGCACAGAUUUCUCCGACAGCAGCUGUACGAAAUCUACAUACAGUUGUACGAGCUGGCACAACUAGUCCGGCAACAAGCCCAUUCGCUACCGACCGAAAAUCUUCGCACCUUUCUCGACAUUAUUGAUCGUACACUGAACGAAUUUCCUUCCAAUCUGUACGCCUUACGUGCGGUGGUGUUUAACGACAAUCUUCCCUGGCUACGGUUACGGGGCAUUCUUGGCAAACAUCUCACACCGAAAGCCGUACUACUGUUGGUCAUUGCUGCCCGAUAUCGCGAAUCUUGUACGGCAAAUGGAGCGCUGUCGGAUUUCAUCCCCACCGAAGCAUCACCGUACAAGCAACGAAUACUAAACCUUCUCGGUAGUGUACUGAAAGGUUCACAAACGGACAGUGAUUCGCUGCUGUAUCGGAACGCACUACUGUGGAGAUUGUACCUGCGGGAACUGUUCGAUCAACCGAACGCCCCACCCGGAUACAGUGUGCUGGAACAGUGUCGACGUACGUUGUAUGCGGCACUCGAGGCAUGUCCAUGGAAUAAGGCGCUCUAUCUUGAUGGAGCUUCCUGUGGGCCGCAGGAACUGUCGGCACUGCUUGAUCUGAUGAUGGAAAAGCAGCUAAGAGUACACGCGAUCCCGGAAGAAUUGGCCAUUUUGCGCGAAGGAUAA